AUGUCGAAUCAAACCUCAGUAGCGACAUUUUUCCUCGCGACACUCCUAAUAACGUCAGCCUACGCCACCUCACCACCAGACUCGCCCGUCGUAUUAGAGCUAUACAUGCACGACAUCCUCGGCGGCACCACCCCCACCGCCCGCCCCAUCACCGGCCUCCUCGGCAACAUCUACAGCGGCCAAGUCCCCUUCGCCCGCCCCCUCGGCUUCCUCCCACCCCGCGGCGCCGUCCCCAUCCCCAACGCCAACGGCGCCAUCCCAACCCUCAACCCCGCCAACGGCAUCCCCCUGGGCACCGGCCUCGUCGGCACCGCAUUCGCCAACACAUCCCCAAACCCAAACAACAACAACAAUAACAACAACGGUGUAAUCGCGGGCCAGCUAGGGCCCGACGGGCUCGGGCUAGGGUUCGGGACAAUCACGGUGAUUGACGACUACUUGACCUCGGCUCCAGAGCUGGGGUCGCAGCAGCUGGGGAAGGCGCAGGGUGUGUAUGUGGCGAGCUCGGGGGACGGGUCGAGUCAGAUGAUGGCGUUCACGGCGGUGAUGGAAGGAGGGGAGUUUGGGGACAGUUUGAAUUUUUUCGGGGUGUAUAGGAUAGGGAGACACGUGUCGAGGCUGUCGGUGACGGGAGGGACGGGGAAGUUUAAGAAUGCGUGCGGGUUUGCGGAGGUCAGGUCGCUGAUUCCGGCGGGGCAGGUCGUGGGUGAUGGGGUCGAGACGCUGCUUAGGAUUACCGUGCAUCUUACUUACUAA